AUGGAGUUUAAUUGUUUCUUCUCACUCUCAUGUUUUAAAUGUCAGAAUGUAACACAACAACCACAAAACUGGCUAAACCAUGGUGGAGAUUUGUUCAACAGAAGAUAUGCCAACAAUGAGAGCAAGAUCAGUCCUGAAACAGCUUCCAAGCUACAUUUGAAAUGGAAAUUCUAUGCAGGCAAUGACAUUUCAGCAACACCAGCAAUAUUUGAUGACACCCUUUAUUUCCCUAGCUGGAAUGGUUAUGUAUAUGCUGUCAAAGCAUCAGAUGGAUCUCUGUUGUGGGAGAAGAACUUGCACAAGUUAACAGGCCUUAAUGAAACUGGCUUUGUUAACAACGUAAAUUGGACUUUGUCUAGAGCAACACCAACAGUAGCUGAUGAUUUAUUAAUUGUUGGAAUCUAUGGACCUGCUGUGGUUAUUGCUGUCAAAAGAACAAGUGGUGAUUUGGUUUGGUUGACUCAUUUGUCCAAUCAUCCUGCAGGUGUUAUCACUAUGUCUGGAACUUACUUCAAAGGGAAUUUCUAUGUUGGAACAUCAUCACUAGAAGAAGAGUUAGACAUUGAACAAUGUUGUACAUUUAUUGGCAGCAUGGUUAAACUCAACAGCAGAACUGGUGCCAUUGUUUGGCAGACUUAUAUGUUGCCAGAUAACCAAGGCAAAAAGGGAGAGUAUGCUGGAGGGGCUAUAUGGGGAAGCAGCCCCUCCAUUGAUUUUCAUAGAAACCAUGUUUACAUUGCUACUGGGAACCUCUACAAUACCCCAUUAAACAUAAGUCAAUGCCAAGAAAAGGAGAACAAUCAAACAUUACCUACUCAUCCAGAUGAGUGUGUUGAGCCUGAUAACCACUCAGAUUCUAUCAUGGCCCUUGAUUUGGAUUCUGGAAAAAUCAAAUGGUACCAUCAAUUAGGAGGCUAUGAUGUAUGGUUUGUUGCAUGCAACAACCUCUCAACUCCUAAUUGUCCACCAGGUCCAAACCCAGAUGCUGAUUUUUCAGAGGCACCUAUGAUGCUUAGUGUACAAGUAAAUGGUACCAAGCAAGAUAUUGUUGUUGCUGUCCAAAAAAGUGGUUUUGCUUGGGCCUUAGAUCAAGAUAAUGGAAGCCUCAUUUGGUCUAAGGAAUCUCUAGGAGGAGGAACUUGGGGAGCAGCAUCUGAUGAAGAAAAGGUGUAUACAAACUUUAUUGUUUCUGCAAGCUCAUCAAGCACAACAACAUCAAGUGGGUGGGUGGCAAUGGAUGCUAGGAAUGGCACCAUCAUGUGGUCCACAGGGAACCCAAGUAAUGCUAAUGCUUUUGGCCCUGUUAGUGUGGCUAAUGGUGUCAUUUUUGCUGGGUCAACUGAUAGAGAAGGAUCCUUAUAUGCAAUAAAUUCAAAAUCUGGUGAAAUUCUAUGGUCUUUUGAAACUGGAGCUAGCAUCUAUGGUGGUGUGUCUAUAAGUGAUGGGUGCAUUUAUGUAGGUAAUGGUUACCAUGUUGCUGUUGGGUUUACUUUGAACUUUACGGCUGGAACCUCACUCUUUGCCUUUUGUGUGUAA